UAUUCCUGAAUAAUCGCGCAAUGUUUAUUUCGAUAAAUUAUUUUCUACUUAUCGUCACACUUGGAAAUUCCGAAAUCAAUAGUCUAAAUCAGUGGCACGUGCAUUCGAGUACCAGCUAAUUAACAUUUCCGUUUUCAACCGUCAUCAGAGCUCAGGAUAUAUUGAAGUACCGGAGUCUAACCCACCAAGGAGAAAUUCUAUUGUACUUCUGUACCUGAUGAUUGCAUCAACAAUUCUGAGUGUUGAUACGCAUUUACGAGAAUGCUGGAGGGACUCGUUGCCUGGGUGCUCAACAAUUAUCUGGGCAAGUACGUGGAGAACCUGAACACAGAUCAGCUCAGCAUAGCCCUCCUCUCCGGUGAGGUAGAGCUCGAGAAUUUGCCCUUGAAAAAAGAAGCUCUACGUCACAUUGGCCUGCCAAUUGAGAUAAAGGCAGGUUUCAUAGGAAAAGUGAGAGUACAAAUUCCAGUUCGUCAGAUCAGAUCUGCCUCAUGGGUGAUUGCUAUCGAACAGCUGUACCUGGUGGCCGGGCCAAUCAACCUAGAGGAUUACGACAGCGAAGUUGAAGAGCAGAUCAUCCAGGAGUACAAGCACAGCAGGCUAGACUCGUUGGAGGCGAGAUGGCGAGCCUCAACAGAGCGAGACCCUGGAUACUACGCCUCGAGCUACAGCUCCUGGCUGAGUUAUGGCACUUCCCUCGUAACGAAUAUAAUCGAGAACCUGCAGUUGAACAUAAAGGAUGUACACUUUCGUUACGAGGACGAUGUGACCCCUGGACUGUCAGACAAAUCUGGAGUGGCUCUGGGGGUGACGAUCAAGGCCCUCUCAGCCCAGAGCUGUGACGCCAGCUGGAUUCCAGGAUCUACUUCCUGGAAUUUCAACGAUGCCUCCUUCAAGCUGAUGGAGCUCGAUGGGCUAUCCAUCUAUUGGAACCACUUGGACUCCUCUCAGAUGUUUGGUAGUCUCAAUCUUGGUGACCUGGCUGUCGCCAUGAACGACUCCAGGAGCACCAUGUGGAAAUACAUACUAUCCCCAGUGAGUGCCUGCGCCAGGAUCAAGAGGGACAGGUGUGAGAAACCUCUAAGGGCCAUCAACAGACCGAGGAUCGUCGUAGAUCUCCAGCUGGAUGAGGUGCCACUACUGGUCACCGAUGAGCAGUACGAGCAAAUGGUCAAGUGCAUCAAGGAGCUGGAGGACAUUGAACGGAGGAGGAGGCAGAGACGAUGUCGUCCUCACUCUUCUAUCUCCGAUGCUCCAAAGGACUGGUGGAAGUAUGCGGUUCGAUGUCACCUCGGGAGAGACGCUUUAAAACCAAAACCCACGUGGAAGGACAUUUAUAAUAGAGGAGUGGACAAUGUCUUCUACGUGGACACCUAUCAGAGGAUCCUGGCGACACCCACAGCUAUUUUAUCACCAGAUGCUAAAGCCAGGAAAGAGGCAAUUGAGUAUGAAUUGAAUUAUGAUGAGUUAAGGGUUCUCAGGGAACUUGCAAUGGCGAAGGUCAGACCUCCUGUCCCCUCCAAACCGUCGAUACCGGAGACUGAGGCCAGCUCUCCAGCUGCGCGUGGAAUGCUCGUCCAGUGGUUCCCCCAGUGGUGGGGCUGGUAUUCAAAGGCUCCACAGGCUUCUACCAAUUCUACUCAAUCUGGAUCUUCGACCUUCGAUGGAGAACUCCUGGACGUUCUCGCUGAUACCAUUGACGAUAAUACUCUCCUCAGGAGGGAUACCGUUUUCGGACAGUUUAAUUUCACUCUCUCGAAGGGGGCGAUUUCUCUCUGCACCAGAAAUAAAGACAGUGUUGGUGAUAAAAUCGUUAUGGAGUUGCAGUUCGAAAGAGUUGUACUGAGCUACGAGUCUCGCCCCAGGUCUGGCUCUCACAAGUUUUCUAUCAGCCUGGGGGCACUCUAUCUUCACGACUUUUUGACGGUUAAUUCAAUGUUUCCGAUUUUGAUUCAACCUCAGACACUGCCGGUCUGCACGUCUCGGUUGAGAUCCUCGUCGGAGAAACUUGUGGCUCAGCAAACUUCUCAACAGCCUCUUUUUGAAUUGAUCUACGAGAAAAAACCAUUUCACGUUAGUACAGAUCACUCUCUGCACUUGAACACUAGAUCUCUGGACGUUGUGUAUAAUUCUACAGCCAUCAGGUGGCUCGUGGACUUUGUCAGCAGGCCCCAUAAAAAUUCUAGUAAUCCCAGGCUCCAGGCCAUGAAGAGGAGAACUAGGAGGCAACUGAUGAAGAAUUGGGAGCAGAUUCUCGAGGGUGAUUUUGUGUAUAGAUCCUCCUGGGAUCUGCAGUUCAAUAUUUCAGCUCCACAGAUUCUUUUAGUUGAGAAUUUCCAGGAAUCCACUGCAGCUGUCGUUGUCGUAGAUUUUGGAAGGCUUCAUUUGACUAAUAGUAUCGAUAAUAAAAAGGUUGUGCUGAGGCCAGGAUCUCCUACGAGUGAAGACGACAUCGAUUUCAGUCAAGGAAAGGACAUUAAGGACUUGGAGAGGGACGACGACGAUGAGGAGGAGAGAUUCCAAACCCCUUGCUCCACUCCUCCAGGAAGCCAGGAGAAUGGCUCCGUUCAGGACUUCCAGGGGAUUUCAGAGUCUGCUCUUCACCAUAAAUUGUAUGAUCAGUACAGUAUAUACUUGUCGGACCUUCAGGUGCUCGUUGGAAAAGUCAAGGACAACUGGAAACACGCAAGGACCAGGGGAUUGUCGACUCUUCACGUCCUGGAGAGAUUCAAUAUCUCCCUUCAGAUUGAAAGGAGAGUCGUUUCCACAGUCGAUCCUCAGUUUCCAUCGUUAACGAUUUCCGGAAAUUUACCCAGAUUAGUUGUUCACGUAAAUGAGCAGAAGAUCGAAGCCCUGAGAUCCAUGUCCAAUCAGUUGAUCACGAGUUUAUCUGGAGCAGAAGGAUUCGGACAAACGUCGGCAAGUGAGCCAGAGAGCCCGAAGAAAGAGGAGCACUUGGACAAAGCCAUGAACCACGCAAUGAUGAUUCAAUUCAUGAUAGACCAGAUGACCUUUGAGCUGCAGUCCAGAGGGAGGAGUGUCGCUGAGCUCCAGGUGUCUGGGGUCAGAGCAGCCAUGACUAAAAGACCAGCAGAUGUCAGUGUAUCGUUGUCAGUUCAUGGGUUGCUCCUCGUGGAUGCUAUGCAGGAAUUUGGCCCUGAUUUUGAGCUGCUAGUCGCUAGUCACAAACACGUGGGGAUGGACAGUGUCUCGGGGAGCUUGAGAGACUCUGAGCCAACCUCUCCAGUUUCACCAGUCUCCCCUGGCUCCCCUGAUCCCACAGUCUCCAGGAGGCUUACAUCACCUGUGGCUCUUACUCGUGCUUUAUCCAAUUUAGCUCAUGACACAAAGAAUUUAUUCUCUCCGAGGAAUAAUUCCCUGAUGGGGUUAGAUCAGCUGGACAACGAGGCCCUGAUUGUAGUGGAACUCACGCUGAUCGAGGAUCCCCUGGAGAAACUCAGAGUGGCGAGUAUUCAGUUUAAUAACCUUGAUAUAAUUGCCAAUCAGGAGACCAUCGUGGAGUUGAUUGGCUUUGUCAGGCGUCUAUUGCCUUCUUCGAAAGUCCCGAAGAAUAAAACAAUCACCAGGCAGGAUUCCAUCGUCAGUCUGAGUGUCGAAGGCAAACCAGAGAGAACUGAAAUCACAUUUGAUUUUCACAGGCUGAAUGUUUUGCUUUUGAGAGCAGUGAUGCAGGACAGUCACCUGAUUGGACAGAAAAUAGCAACAGCCACGAUGUCAGAUGCAAGAAUUCAAGCGACACUGGCUGCAAAUACUUCGAUAUCGGGGUCUCUCGGUGGUCUUCAAGUACUCGAUCAGACACUAAUUGGAAAAACUCAUCAGAGGAUUAUCAGUGUGGGGCGGGAUCCCCUGGCAAAUCCCUCUCACAACCCCCUGGAGCACGUCUCAGGCCUGUCAAAUCAGCCAGAGGCCUUCAGCUUCUCAGCGAGCAGAAAUUCAACAGCUGAGAGUAGUGGACCACCUGACAGUGUCAGCAUCGCUGUAAGGAUUGGGAGUGUCUGGUACACACAUGCCCCUCAUCUUAUCUCUGAACUUCGGUCAUGUGCUGAUGAGUUUAAGCAGUACCUGAGUAAACUAGCGAGACAUAUUGGUGCAGCUGCCACUGACAUGGCAAUGGGUCUGGUCCACGAGGACUGGAGUGGACCCCAGAGAAAGCGACUACCCAGUUUUUCAUCAGUGGAUAUUGAGCCCAGUUCUGGAAUUCUCACGCUCAAGCUCGAUGUCGUUCUAGACAGUCCUGUUCUUGUGAUACCGAGAUCCUCUCACAGCUCUCAGGUGUUUGUAGCUCACCUAGGAACCAUGACCCUCCAGCACGAGCCUUCCGACGAUACUAAAUUGACUGUGAGCCUCGAUGUUCGUGACAUCAAUCUUUAUUCUCUCGACGUCAGUUCCAAAAUCUCCCACAUCACUGGGACGAAUCUGCCCCUGAGAGCAGACGACAUGUACAGCUGCAAAGAAUCUGGGAGACCAAUUCUUCAUGACACAUCGUUGAAAAUACUCGUUGAGAAGGGAUUUAUAGCUUCCCUUCACAGCUCUGGAUUUCUUCUGGAUCAGGACUUCCAAACCGGCACUCAACAACCGAUUGUUCAGGUCCAUGGGGGUGUAAUAACUCCAUUGAAGGUCUCGCUGUCCAGGAGUCAGUACGAACAGCUUCUCGACACUAUUCACGUGAUAUUUUCAGCUCCUCCGAGCACCUCUUCAACUCUCCCCCCAGCAGAGAGCACGUCAGCCUCCAAAAGUUAUUCUAAAUCUUUUCAAGUGGCCAUCAAAGUUUUCUUCGAGCUCCCUACUCUGAGCAUUCAAUUAAAGCAGGAUCACUCAGAGCAGCCCUUGGUGGAGCUCUCCAUGCAGGAGUUCGUUGCAAAAUAUGAGAAGCUGUCGAUGACAGAGUCAACUACACAGGUUUCGCUCAGGUCUCUCCUGAUGGAGGAUCUUCUCUGUCCAAUUGGCUCGAGGCACAGGUCGAUGAUGCAGUCCUCGGCUCCCAGUCGAGCAAAAGUGCCUCUGGGUGUCUCGAGAUCCUGUCCAGAUCUCGCAUUCAACAAAAAAUGGAGAAGCGAGUAUGGCAGGGGUUCCCUCCCAGACAGACUCGAAACAGAUACUCUUUACGGUACUGUUCCUGCACACUGGAGGAAGGCCUCAUCCCUCGUGGGGACCCCCAACACACCUCCACCGUCCCCUGGAGCAAUCACCUGUGAGGAAAACCUCGUUCUUAUCAGCAUCACAAUGAGGGAAAUAAUCCCCAAGAGCAGUGACUCCUUGCCUCCGCGUCCUAUCCUCCAGAAAUCUGUCUGCAUCGAUUUUAAUUGUCUCGAUCUGGUUGUCAGUGUCGAAUCCUGGAUGAUCGUUCUUGAUUUCUUUGGAAUUGGCACGAGCCAAGUGAGCUCGAAAAUUUCGACGAGAACGAGAGACCUAGCAACAUCGACAACUUCAAUUGCAACAGCAUCAACUUCGACUGCAACCAAUGGUCCAGGAAACGAGUACAUAGAUCCCUCUGGAGCCGUCAAAGAACUCCACUCCGAUACGGAAAUUGACAUUCGGUCGUUAACUCUUGUUCUCACUCGAACAGACAAGGAAAUUGCUAAAGCGAAUAUUUCUAAUGCGAGUAUGACGAUUGUGAAAGCCUCGGGGAAGUCUAAGGUGUCUGGAUCGCUGGGCUCGAUGUCUCUGUUGGAUUUGACUCCUCAUGGCCGAUUCUAUCGGGAGAGAUUCUUGUCAUCAGGGAGAAAAGCUCUCAACUUCCAGUACUCGAGUUACGAGGACUCCAGAAAGCUCUCCUACGACGCUAAACUCAAGCUCCAGAUGUCGUCAGUGCACUACGUGCACACUCAACGAUUUGUCGCUGAGCUCCAGGCGUUUUUCAGGCAUUUUUCGCAGUUGCGUGCUGUUAUGCAGAAUCUCCGGUCUGGAGAAGUGCCCAUUCUCUCGAUGGAACAGACUAGGGGAACAAGACUCUCUCUGGAGCUUCAUGCAGGCGCGCCUGUGAUCCUUCUCCCUGUGAGCUCUCAAUCAGACAAACUAGCUGUUCUCGAUCUCGGCGAAUUGACUGCCCACAACUCAUUUCAUCACUCCAAGGACUCCACCCAGUGUCUUCUUGAUAUUAUGCUCCUGGAGCUGGUGAAUAUGGACGUGUACGCAGCGCAGAGGAUCAGGCAGAGUCUAGAGGGAAAUGACUACGAUGACAAUAUCGGUGAGACUGACACCCUGAUGAUCGGAGGAUUCUACCUGAAGAAGCUGGGGCCAUCUCUGCUGACGGAGAAAUGUCAUUUGAGCUUGAGAAUUGAGAGGAACUUGGAUACCUACGUCAACAGGGAUAUCCCAGACCUGAGCAUUCAUGGGACGUUGUCAACAAUGAAUUGCGCCCUGGAUCCAGCCCAGUACAUGCUUAUAAGAGGUCUUUUGGCUCACAAUAUUGGGGAGAACCUGGAUGACAUUCUCCACUUCCUGGACGAUCUCCAGGAAUCCACUGAGUACUUCAUGGCUGAGGAAGCGGUUGGGGGAAAAGUCUGGACCAAGUCCUGCAUUAUCCUGGAUAUCGUCAACGUUGCUGUGAGGCUCCACCCCAAUCACGGGAUCGCAGCGCUUGCCUGCGUGAAUUUUAUCAAGUCCAGGCUAACCCUGGACUCUCUGAGCGAUGGCUCCCAGGAUAUCGAUCUGGUCUCCCAGGAAAUUCUGGUGAUGGACACGAGGUUUCAGGAUGAGCCCGUUAACAAGCGUUCUAACGUCUUCACGAGCAUCCUCCAGCCCUUGAAGACCUUCGGGGGAAUCGAGGACAGAGUCCAGGCCGAGAUCCACCACAGGAGGAGAAAAAACAAUGCUGCGACGACUAUUCUCCUCCACAGCAUGAGACUGACAGCUAUUUUGGAUUGGUGGGAGGCAGUCAGGGACUUCCUCGUCCUCAAUUCUCCAGAGCCUGAACCCAUAGGAAUCGCAAGACCUCCCCUUGUCUCCCAGGAGAUCGAUUCCUCGUCCAUGACAUCCGCGCCCGUCGAAUUGAAACUCAAUCUCACUGACUCUGAACUUGUGAUCGUCGAGGAUACCUCCCUUUGGGAUACCAACGCAGUUAUUUUAAAAUGCACUGCAGUCCUGGAAUACAGAUCUCAUCCACAGGGCGAGGAGAAGCCUCUGUCUUGCAAUUUAUCUCACUGCGAGUUGUACUCCUGCAUCCUGGGGAUGGAAGAAGAGACAGCGUUGUCCAUUAUCGAUCCAGUCGGUGCCAGUGUUGAAUUGACGAAGGAGAGGGCCCUGGAAAUUCAACUCCAGCCACUCAAUGUUAAAUUAAGUUAUCACGAUGUGACAAUGUUUGGGCGAAUGGUCAAUUCCCUUCCUAAGCAGACCCUCUGGGCUAAGCAGAGGUCCUUGUCAGGCCCCCCAGCCAACGCCAAGAGCCACAUAAUGAAACUCUCUGCCCUGGGAUUCGCUGAAACUGAUUGUGAAGCUGCUCUGGACGUCUGCAAUGGACAACUGGAUGAUGCUGCCUUGUGGCUGACUCAGCACGCAGUCCCCAAUGCUGAGGAUAGUCGCUCGAGAGAUGGAUUCCAAGCGAUUGAGAUCGAAACCGCUUGUCUCAGAAUCUGUAUCAUUGAUGACUGCAGAGAUGCUGAUGUUCCUCUGGCUGAGCUCGUCCUCAUGGAUUUCUAUCUGAGACAGGCUUUGGAGGGUCCUGGCUUGAUGCGAGCCACUUUGGGUGUGGACUACUACAACAGAGUGCUCAGUGGGUGGGAGCCCUUCAUCGAGCCCUGGAAGACCAGCGCUAGGUGGGAACAUAGUGUUGGGAAUACUUUAAAUACCAAGAGACUUCAGGUGGAAGUGCAGUCAGAGGACUCAGUUAAUGUCAAUAUCACGUCGACUCUCGUGGAGCUCGUCAGUCUGGUCAAAGACAACUGGACACAGGAUUAUUAUCUCAGCAAUAAGCACGAUCCUGUCUCCAGAUCGUCAUCGACAUCGUUAAGUAGCCUCCAGGGCUACUACAGGAGACGAUCACCAUUCGUUCCCUUCGCUCUUAAAAACGAGACAGGCACGAAUUUAUGGUUUAAGACGUUCAUCGCUGUUGCCGAUGACGUUUGCCAGAUAAGUGAGAAUUUUAAUGAUGAUAGUAGUCUGAUCCGAGAUAAAACGUGGUGUGAAGUGCCAUCAGGGGAGACAAUACCAUUCACCUUCGAGGAGAGGGGAAAACUCAGACAUCAGACGACUCAUCAAGUCAGGAGGCAUCAGAUAGCUGUUCUCGUGGAGGGUUGGAAGCCAGUGGAUCCCGUGACUGUUGACAGAAUUGGAGUUUACUUUCGGCAUGCCAGUCCCGAUCUCAAACUUGUGGGAUCGAAUGCUGGGAAAGCUAGAGUUGUUUUUGCGGUGGAGCUCGAGGGAUCUGCGAGAAAACUCGUGACAGUGAGAUCAGCCCUCCAGGUAGCCAAUAAACUUUCACACCCAGUGGAUAUUAAACUCGAGAAGCUCGGCUUCAGCCAGCUGGGGUAUCUGAGUGGACCUGUGAACGUCCUAAGCUCCAGCACGAAAGUCCUUCACGUGCCUGAGCACUCAGUCAUGUCUGUACCCCUGACUCACACCAGUGUGAAGAUGCACAUCAAGCCUCAGCACCCUAAUUACGCUUUUCAGUACUGCAUGGAGCCUAUAGAGUGGACACUCGUGAAAAAACCUAUGGAGAUUAUCGAGGUGCUCACCACCUGCAGGACCAAUCAGAAUAAUCUCUUCAGGAUGUGUGUCGCUGUGAGGAGGGACAAUUAUCCAGCUGACGUAGGGCAAAAUAUUCUUCCAGCGCACACGAUUUCUCUUCUUCCUCCGGUCACACUGACCAAUCUUCUGCCUUACGAGGUGAUGUACCAAGUGUCGAUGGAGAGUGGGAGAAUCGCUCCAGGACAGAGUGCUGAUCUUCACAGUGUCAACGUUGAAGAGCAAUUCGAGAUCACUGUGCAGCUUGAUGGAUAUCCUGGGAGUGGGACUUUGAUACUUUCUCAAAUAUCUGGAUCAUUCGUUGGGAGGAUGAAGCUGACGGACUCUGCUGGGAGGAUCCUCUACCUCAAUGCUGUUAUUAUCGUCGAGAAGGGAUCAGCAGUGAAGAUCAAUAUUAUAGCUCCUUAUUGGAUCGUUAAUAAGACUGGACUGCCAUUGGUAUUCAGGCAGGAGGGGGUGGGCUCAGAGGCUGCUGGCCAGUUUGAGGAGCACGAGAGGGCCAGGAUGGUGGCUCCACUGCUGUUUUCCUUCAGUGAUGAAGAGGCCAGUCGAACUUUAGCUGUCAGGGUGGGCUCAGGGGUGCAUUCCAACGGUAUUGCCCAGUGGUCUCAGCAUUUCCAUCUCCAGCCGGGAGUGCAAGUUCACCGGCUGCGGAUCAGCCUCAGGGAUGGACGACCUGAUAUCGUCUACCUCAUUGGGGUCUCUACGAGGACAGCCAGGGGGAGGUACAGGGCCACCACUGUUGUUACCCUCUCUCCGAGGUAUCAAUUGCACAACAGAUCUUCUUGCACGCUGGAGCUAGCCCAGAGGUGUUUCACCACUACUGUCAGUCAUCCAGAUGCUCAGGCAACGUACAUCACAGCAAUGCCUGACUGCCACAUGCCGUUUCACUGGCCCCGGCUCGAUAAGGAUCAGUUGCUUUGCGUCAGGACCAUCGAUGUGCCUAAUUGCAUGUGGUCUGGUGGAAUUAUCCUCGAUGGCAAUCACUCCUUGACCAUUAAUAUCAGGGAUGCACUGGGCAAGAUGCAUUUUCUCAGGGUCGACGUCGUUCUCCAGGAGAGCACCUACUUCAUCGUCUUCACUGAUGCCAACACAAUGCCACCUCCAAUAAGAGUUGACAACUUUUCCGAAGUCGCCUUGACCAUAAAUCAAGCUGGGGUCCUUGACAGUCUCCAGUGGACGGUCAGGCCUCACUCAUCAGUGCCUUAUGCACUCGAUGAACCGACCCAGAGUGCUAAUCUCAUGGUGACAGCACCUGGAGGAGUCACUGGCUCCUACGAUUUAAAUCUCCUCGGGGAGAAUCGAUGCCUCACCUACGAGAAUUUCAUUUAUAUUGCAUUCACUGGUACUUUCAAAAUCGAUGGCGAUCUCGGGACUGGAGAGGGUGGCCUUGACCCUCUAGAUGUCGAGACCCAGAGGCUAGUCCUGGAGGCUGGGCCUGGGGGCUGGGUUGCCCUCAGACGAAAACAGAAUGGGGCGAGGUCUCAGCUCUGGCGAAUGACUGGAGAUGGGCAGCUUCAGCAUGAGGGCUCCAGUCCACCCAGGGACAAACAUUCGAGAACUCCUGACACCGUUCUUGUCCUGGACAUCGCUGGUACUGCUCCACAGCCGUUCACUUAUUGUGCUCUGGCCUUGAGGAGGCCCCACCAUAGGAGACGAUCCACCCAGACGUGGAGAUUCACUGAUGAUGGGAGACUCUGCUGCGCUCAUAAGAACAUGUGUGUCCAAUCCAAGGACGGAUUCAUGGGACUCUAUGAAGGCGGCAGUGUCGCCCGUUGGCAAAUGUGGAGUGAGGCCGUGUUGGGCCCCCAGACCCAGAGCGACCCACCACCAAUUGAACAGAGAGUGGGAAGACAACGACUGAGACCUGGAUCCGGAUUUCUGUCCGUUCGAGUCACGACUGAUGGACCAACUAGAGUUAUACAAGUUCUGGAUAUAAAAGAAAGAAAAAAGACAUUUGCUCUCCUCGAGGAACGAGACUGGUCGCACAUAGCAGUAGCUCAACGUCCCAGUCAGGUAGAUCCCGCUACGAAGAACCCUUCAACGCUCUCUUCAGAACUCCAGGUGACCAUCAGACUGCCUGCGGGGCUGGGGCUAUCAGUGGUGUCCAGACGACCAGUGGAGGAGCUCCUCUUCGCUCGUCUCAUUGGAAUCGCCUUCGAAACUAUCCAAACCCUUUCCAACACUACCCUGAACCUCAGCAUCGACGACGUACAAAUUGACAAUCAACUGUUCGAGGCCCAGUGCACCUCGAUCCUCUACAUAACACGUCCCUCUCGAGCAGAGAAUGACGAGAGGCCAGCGAUUGACAUUGCCACCGAGAAACUACCCUCGAAGAACCAGAAUGCAGAGAUCUUCAAGCACCUGAUCGUCAGCAUAAAGCCUCUGUGCGUUCACCUGGAGGAGCGUCUGAUCCUCAAACUGGCAGCUUUCGUGGGUACUGGGGGGUCAGAGCUCGAUGUACCUGUGGAUGAAAACGAUUUCAAGGCCCAGAGACUUAUCUCUGAGGUGUCAGCAGCCCACGCCAGGAGAUACUACUUCGGGGUUCUCAAACUCGUCCCCAGUCAGGUGAAACUCAGUAUUCUUACAACCACAAAAUUGCCUAGACACCUUCAGUCUAUAAAACGAAAGCUAGGGCUCACCCUCAUCAAGUUCGAGGAUGCAUCGAUCGAGCUGGAGCCAUUCGUCAAGAAGCAUCCUUUCGAGAGCAGUCAAUUUCUCAUUCACUCGAUCAUAAAACACUACAAAGAUGAGCUGAAGUGGCAAGCAGCUGUGAUCCUGGGUUCUGUGGACUUCCUGGGUAAUCCCCUGGGAUUCGUCAACGACGUAUCAGAAGGUGUCUCUGGAUUAAUCCACGAUAAGAGUGUCACGACUCUCGUGAAGAACGUGACACAUGGCCUGUCAAAUUCAGCAGCUAAACUCACCGAGUCCCUCUCCGAUGGCAUUGGCAGAGUGAUCCUGGACGAAAGCCACGAGGAGAUGAGACAACGAAUCCGUGCAAAUACUGCUGGCAGCAGUGAUCAUCUAGUGGCAGGGCUGAAGGGUCUGGGCUUUGGAUUCCUGGGGGGAUUCACCAGCAUCUUCAAACAGACGUACGAUGGUGCAGCCAACGAGGGCUUUCCUGGAUUUAUGUCAGGUCUGGGUAAGGGUGUCGUUGGUACUGUGACAAAACCAAUGGUUGGAGUACUGGAUUUGGCGAGUGAAGCUGCCACAGCCAUCAGAGAAUCCUCGAGAAGUGCUCACCGGGCGAUACCCAAGAGGGAUAGACUCCCCAGGGUUGCCAGUGGUCCUGCAGGACUCCUCCCUCCAUACAAUUACCAUCACGCCGAGGGCCAGGAGUUCCUCUACACCAUCAACCAGAGAAACUAUUCAGAGCUCUAUGUCGCCUACGAGAAUCUCUGCUCUGGAACUGAGAAUCUCAGUAUUCUCGUCUCGAAUGAGAGAGUCAGAGUGAUAUCUGGCAGUACCAAAACUGUCGUCACCGAGGUCAGUCUUGCUGAUUUAGUUCAGUGUCAGCCGAUUCAGGUGAACGAGACAAAUGGCAGUAUCUUGUAUUAUAUUGAAUUGACGUCGAGAAUCGACUCUGCUGGUGGAGUUGGCUUCGAUGGACCUGAAGUCCUCAGGAGACCCAAAGUUAGAUGUGAUACGGAGGAAAUUGCCAAGUGGGUCUCUCAGCAGAUUAAUUAUGCCAAAGGAAUGCACCAGGAGCGCAGGCUCACCCUCAUGUCCUCUGACAAUAUGUUAGACGACAUUCAUUCGUACAAGUAAUUUUCAUUUGCGUUAUUUAUUUUAAUGAGAGAAUAACUCAAAGGGUUUAUUUAUUAUUUCGAACUGUUUGAGCUGAACACACCACAAUCUCUAGCAUUGCUAUUUAUAUUGAAUGGGAAUGGGGCUGUGAAUUACCAGUUAGAUUUAUUUUCACUGGAGCUAAAGAUAAAGUAUGCGAGAGUCAGCGAAUUAUAAAACAUGCACAAAAGACUGAAAAUACGUAAUAUUAACGUAUGCAAUCAACAAUUUUGCCUAUUUUGCUUGGUUGAAAGAGUAGAAUGAAUUGUUAACUAUUAGACAGACUAUUAUUAACAUAUCAUUCAGUUAUUUCCGGUUUAGCAGUGGCUGCGUAUUAGUUAUUUGAUUGUAAAUACGUAUUUAUUUUUCAGUUUAAUUGAUAAAACCGAGGUAAUAAAUGUCAUAGCUUUAUUUUG